ACAUGUUUGUUGGUGAUGUGGAAGUAUCAUGUCCUCCUUUUAAUCAUAUUGUUGACUCUGGUCGGAUGGCUUUUUGACUCUUUCAUCUCAUGUGUAGCGUCUCCACUGCCGACCCCGGGAGAGUUUGGUGUCACAACUUCAAUUUUUUCAGUUGUUGAACCAUCCUUGUAUACUGUCAAAGCAGUUCUCAUUCUGGACAACGACGGAGACAGGCUUUAUGCCAAGUAUUAUGAUGAUACAUACCCGACAGUGAAGGAGCAGAAAGCAUUUGAGAAGAACAUAUUCAACAAAACACACAGGACGGACAGUGAGAUAGCGCUACUCGAGGGCCUCACUGUUGUCUACAAGAGCAACAUAGACCUCUUCUUUUAUGUGAUUGGAAGUUCACAUGAAAAUGAGCUUAUGCUUAUGGCAGUUCUAAAUUGCCUCUUUGAUUCUCUCAGUCAGAUGUUGAGAAAAAAUGUUGAGAGGAGAGCUUUGUUGGAGAAUAUGGAGGGGCUCUUCCUUGCUGUGGAUGAAAUUGUAGAUGGAGGGGUGAUCCUAGAGAGUGACCCGCAACAAGUUGUGCAUCGUGUGGCUCUCAGAGGUGAUGAUGUGCCUUUGACCGAGCAGACCGUCACCCAGGUUCUUCAGUCUGCCAAAGAACAAAUCAAGUGGUCGCUUCUACGAUAGAGUCACCCUUCUACCAGUCUACCAGUGAGCCGCUGUACAGCCCAGUCUUCAUGGCACUGAUCCACAUACUCCUCUUCCUAUGAUUUCCACUCCUUCAAUCAAAGCUGUGAGGAGUACCACUGGCUGAGUCAGUCACACUCCCAGGACUACUGCUUGACAAAAUUUCAUUUUUCUAUUUUUUUUUCUUUAUCCUUGUUGCACAGGCUUGCAUUGUAUGACAUAAUCAACAGGAGGAAAAGAUAUGGUGUACAUUCCAUACCAGGGCUGGCCUGUUUUGUUUGUUUGUUUCUUAAUUACAGAAUCCGGGUGUUUAUUAAACCAGCAUAUCUCUAUAAACAUUGACAAACUUAGCAUGUGACAACAUUCCAUUGUCUCUAGGAGCAAGAAUUUUAUCUGUUUGACAGCAUCCUGCCGUCUCCUCCAGAUUACUGUACAAAGUAUUGAAGCACUAUAACUCAUUUAAUUUACAUGAAUAUUGUGGUUAUAAAAUGUACAAUUAGUACUGUAAUCAUACCACUGAUUGCAGAGUUAUGUUUUGCAUUUAUUUUGUCCGGGGACCUUUCAUCAUCAGAUACUUUUAAUAAAUGUUUGUUGACACUG